AUGGCAAACACGCUAGUUGAUAAGCUGAAGAAGUGGUGUCGUGGAGAAGCUCUGGAUGAGAACCACGCCCUGCUUACAGUCGUCCCUGAAAAUACAGAGGUAGCCCUUAUUGAAGAAACUUUGCAGAGUAUCAAGUGUCUGGAACGUGUCCAUGUUAGAGGACGUAAGCUGAGCGACACCGAUGAUAAAGUUCUUGUGCUGUGUGAAUGCCGAGGGAAAGUAGCAGGUGAGAACGUUCCACCGGAAGCGUUGGCAUCUGAAGGCUCAACCAGAUGGCCAAUAAUCACAGCUUUUAACUCACCCCCUCCAGAAGACGACUUCCAUGUGAAACUGAAAGCUCUUCUAUGGGCAGAAGGAAAAUCACUUGAUGAUGUGCAGGCAUUGUUUACAGAGUCGCAACCACCUACAUCCUCUUCUGCAGAGUCACUCAUUCGAGCUGUCACAGAUCUACUGGACAAGACAAGCAAACCUGCUGCAGAGGGUGGAGGCUAUCGUCGCCUGCGCAUCUUUUCUGGUAUUGUGCCUACUCCAGCUGGAGAGGAACAGUUCGACCACUGGCUAGAACAAGCGUACCUGAUGGUUGAAGAAAGUGACGGAUCUGACAAAGACAAAAGGAGAAGGAUUAUGGAAAGUUUGAAAGGUCCAGCCUUAGAACUGAUCAAAGCAAUACGCCUUUCUGAUGCCGACAUAACUGCAGACAAGUGCCUAGGAGCCCUUGAAAGUGCUUUCGGUGUAUCAGAGUCUGGUGAUGACCUAUAUUUCUCCUUUAGAUUGUUACAGCAGUCACCUGGCGAAAAGUUAUCAGACUUCUUGAGAAGACUCGAGCGUUCCCUGGCCAGAGUGGUACAGUGUGGUGGCCUGUCAGCCAGAGACAUGGACAGAAACAGAGUGGAACAGUUACUCAAAGGCGCAGUAAAUGCUGACUUAAUGCUGCUGCAGCUCAGACUAAGAGAAAGAAAAGCCAACCCUCCAACUUUUCUAGAGCUACUAAAAGAAAUCCGGAAAGAAGAAGAGUACGAGGCUUCCAAAGUAAGGCUCAGCCAGUCAGUCCACGCUGUCCAUGCCAAAGUUCAAGCGGAAAGCAAACCCCCCCGAAAUCCAAAAUCUGAGAGCUGA